AUGGAGUUGGUUCUUAAGGUCUUGGUAUGUGUAAUGGUGAAAGGAGUGCUCUGUAAGAAGUCUAUAUUGCAUAUUGGAGGCUUUAUUGAGGUGAAUACUACAAACAAGGGUUGGAACAGUGCAGGCAUACAACCAGCCAUUAAUCUGGCUGUCAGGCAGAUUAAUAACAGAAGUGACAUUCUACCAAACCAUACACUUCUAAUACACUGGAGGGAUACUAAGGUAAUCUCAUGCAAUACUCAGCGAACAGAGUCGUAUAGAUGUCCUGUUUUGGGUUCAAAAUUUAACAAAUUAAAACAGUAGUUUUACUUUUUUGGCCAAAGGCACAAUCGCUCAAAGACACUUAACUCUAAAACCUCCACCUUUCCCCGAACCGCUUCAUGCCUCAAGUCUCUCUUAUUUUCGUUGCAGUGGAUUUUUAAAUAUUUCUUCAUUAUUUUGAAGAGCUUUUUUGUCACCUCUCCUUUGAGAAUAAAAUUUUAGCACAAUUUGAAGGGAUGAUUUGUUUUGUUUUGACUAAUAAUCCUGCAAGCGCGAGCGUGUUAAAAAUUUUUCAUUCUUGAUUACAAAAGCCUACCCGGACUGAUCCCCCCUGAGAAGACGUAUUGCAGGCAUUGACUUUAAAUAUCACCGUGACAAUCAGGGAUGAUUUUCACAUCUUCCGUUUUACCCAUGUGAACUCAUACUGGUUUCAUAAUAGACUUAUAUAAUCAAUUGAAAUCUUUGUUGUGAUGAGUUCAGGGUUGUCUUCCCUGAAGCAAUCGGAAUAAAACCGUCUUCAAAGGUUUUCCUUCUUUCAGUGUUCAGAUUCUUACGCUAUCAAAGCGCUGAUCGAGCAGUUGCGAAGACCACCGACAAAAAUGGCCCUAAUAGGUCCCGGAUGUUCAUGA